AUGGCCAGCAUCUCCACGCCUCGCGCGCUAUGGAACAUCACCCUUCUUCAGCAAAAUGCCACAGCCGAAGAAAUUAUUGCCCUUCCGUGGGUCAAUAGUCCCAACGUCCGCGGCACCAUGGAUAUCCUACAGAGUUGCAUCCUGACCCUGGUUGCGUGCAUCUACACGGCUCUCCACCUCGACGUGCCGAAAAGAACAUCAAGCUGGCGCCUAUUUCUCACGAAACUGAAAUGGGUCGCUAUUACCCUCUUUGUCCCUGAGCUUCCUGUUUUCAUGGCAGCUGAUCAGCUGCAUCAGGCGUGGAAGCUUCGACAGGAGCUUCGUGAGUUGAAGAAGAGGGACGAAUCCAGCAACGUGGAGUUUGAAAUUGAUCUUCGAUAUUGUUUCUUCAUGAUCAUGGGAGGCAUUCGUCUCGACGUCCACGAUAUAAUCUCCAUGCCAGAUCUUGACCUUGAGGCCAUCCAGUACUUCAAGGACGACGGAGGCCGGAGAUCUGUGCGACCAAGCCCUGAAACUGUUUCCUGGCUUGCCAAACAAAACAUCUGGAUCGAGGUCUCACAGAAGACCAUUGACGACAAAAGCAAGGCCGACAUCUUGCAAAAGAUUCUUGUGGUUAUUCAGAAACCACUCAACGUCCAGGAGCCCGUCAUCUACGAGGGUGGAUCACUCACAGGAGAAAUCGCCCUCAAAAUCGAGCAUCAAUUCUACGCAGACAUGAAGUACCUGUUCGCACUCUUUCCACCCCGCACACACCCAGACCAGGCUCCCUCCAAAGGACCGCACCGCAUGAAGAUGCGCUGGGUAGAUACCCCGAAAGACUCCAUCAUGCGCCCGGGAGAUGUCCUUCCUUCAGGGCUCGCCUUGUGUUGUACAGUUCCACAAGAACAUCAUAGAGAGGACCAAGAGAACGCUGAGCCUGAUUACGGUGAGGUUCCCGUGACCGAACAGUUUCUUCAUCGCUGGGACUGCAUUCUCAAGAGAUACGCAUUUGAAGACUGCGAGCGGCUGUCAAGAGAGCGGAAAAUCACACUAUACGCAAACGACUUUCUUAGAGUAGAUCCUCGGCCCCUCCCAUGCAUGGACGAAGACCCUCCGACGCCGUAUCUAGCACUCUUGGACGAGUUCACUCCCUUCAGAAGGACCACGUUCAAAAAUAUUCCGUUUGCUGAAGGCAAAGACAACUUUGACAUCAAGUUUCUCGACAUGCUUGGGGGAAGAGUGACUCUACAGCCGGCUGACUUCUUCAGGAUCUGCUGGCAGAUCCCCGAGCUUAUGGCUCUCGCUGCCGCUCUCUCGGGCAUGUACGGGGGCGUUCAUCUCACAGCAUGGAAUUGGAUAUUUCCAACCUAUACCGAGGACCUUCUCUGGAAAGUCAGCUGUUUAUGCGUAGCUGUCGCAUUGCCUGCCUUCUUCUGCGCUAGUUGGGUGCUCGUUUGUAUUAGUGCCAUCUUGCACUGUCUCGUGGAGCCAUGCUUUGGUCUCCGGAAGAAAUGGGCAUCGCGAGCAUUCAAAGACCCGCUUCGAGCUUACUCGGCCUGUGUUGCAAUCGUAUAUGUCUGCUGUAGGAUCUUUAUCGUUGCUGAGGCCUUUGUGGCAUUGAGACAGGUCCCUGUGGGAGUCUACAUAUCCCCUGCAUGGGUUCAGAUGGUGCCUCACUUCUAG